CACUCAGCUGCUGAGAUGAGUAACCAGCAAGUCGUGUACUCAGAACUUAAUCUGGCCAAGGAUCCAAAGAAACAGCAAAGGAAACCUAAGGCUUCCAAAAGAUCCAUUCCAGUAAAUCAGCAGGAAAUAACUUAUGCAGAAUUAAUCCUUCAGAACGCUUCUCAGGAGCAUCGAGGGAAUGACAAGGACCACAACUGCAAAGAUUUCACAUCACCUCCUGAGAAACUUCUUGCUGGAUUCCUGGGAACCACAUGCCUUAUCUUAACAGUCACAGUGAUAGUGACAGCUGUAACUUUCUCAUAUCAUUGUGGCCGUUGUCCAAAUGAGUGGCUAAUAUUUUCCAACAAUUGUUAUUACUUUGGUGUGGAAAAGAAAACUUGGAAGGAGAGUUUGGUGUCCUGCACAUCUAAGAACUCUAGCCUGCUUAGGGGACUCAGCCUUGUGUGGUGCUGCUGGAGGGCUCCGUUAAUGCAGAGGAGGACUGAGCUUGGAGAGACACUGAUUAUUGCCGGAUUGGGCUCAGGAGCCGGCAGGCCACGGUCUCUGCUGAUGAUAGAUAAAUUUAUAAAUUCUCUCUCACGUCCAUCUUGGAUUGGCAUCUCCCGUUCCAGCAGAGAUCAUCCUUGGAUGUUGGUAAAUGGCUCAAUGUCCAAUCUACAGAUAAAGAACUCGUCUGGUGAAUCCAACUGUGUAUGGUUAUCUUUAUCUCAUUUUAUUGCUGGAAACUGUGGAUCAUUAUACAUGUAUACUUGUAAAUGUAAAUUUUUGAAUUAAUAUACCUGAAUUUGGAAACUGUGAGGUAAUUUUCUAUUUCAUAAAAUGUAAUAAUAUUAUGAUUAUACAGGGCUUAAAUUGAUGAGUUCUACUAACAGACUUAUUUUUGAAAAACUACUGUUGAAAUAUAUUAGUUAGACUACAAAGGGAGAAUACUGCUUUUGUGGCUACUUCCUUUUGGUCAAGAUUAUAUUUGGGGCAUUCUGCAACUCUUCUAAAAGAUUACACAUGCUACCUGAGUCCAUUUCUGUGAGAUAUCAAAAAGAAGCAAACACACAGACAAUGUGGAUUGGGGGUUUUGAGAGACUAAUAGAGUAAGAGAGCGAUGAACUCAGACAUGACCACUAGUCAGGAUAGCGUUUCCUUUGUGAAUCAUGUAAACGUUAGAAAACUUGAUAGUUGUAACUCUGUGAAUGUACUAAAAACCAUUACAGGACAAAGCUGUGUUAUCCUGUAUACAGCUGUGUUAAUGGAUGAAUUACAUGUUGUGUACAUUAAUUUUAAUA